GUGUCAAGCCGCCCGCAAACACCUAAUUCACCUCUACCUCGAACAGCACCAUUACCACUACGAUAAAGACCACCGCCAUGAUACCCAGAGGCUGCUCGUCAGCUCUGCGCAACAUUGCGCCCACCCUUGGGCGACCUGUUCGAGUGCCCUUACGGUCAUUUUCUACCACACAACCAGCGUCUUCUGACCUGGACACGGCGGCUUUUGGCGAGCAACACAUUGCAAAGGGCAUCGGCCGCCUCACUAAGCAUGUCUUCGACGAGGGCAAGGGCACAUUUAUAACUACUGACAAGGGCGUCAAGCUGCUUGAUCUCACAGCUGGAAUUGGCGUCGUGAACCUCGGACAUUGCCAUCCCAAAGUCAGCGCUGCAGCGGCCGCACAAUGCAGCAAGAUUACCCACGCCCAGGUCAACAUUGGCUUCAGCUCUGCGCAGAUCGCGCUCAUCAAAGAGCUAAUCCCCAUCCUUCCGCAUCCGUCACUCGACACCAUUUUCUUCUGGAACUCGGGUGCCGAAGCAGUUGAAGCAGCCGUAAAGCUGGCCCGUGCCGCGACCAAGAAACCCAACAUCAUCGUCAUGCAGGGCUCCUACCAUGGCCGCACCAAUGCGACAGCCUCUAUGACGCGCUCCAAGACUAUAUACGGUGAGGGUCACGGCCCAUUGAUGAGUGGUGUAUUCGCGACCGCUUUUCCAUACUACAGCCAGUUUGGCGGUGCUUCUCCAGACACACCCACGGACGAACUUGUAGAACAGGCACUGCUUCAAUUGAAGCUCACCCUGCAGCAGCAGACAUCCCCCUCAGACACUGCCGCCAUCAUCUUAGAGCCGGUUCUGGGUGAAGGAGGCUAUGUUCCUGCGCCUCCAGAGUUCCUGCACGACCUGAGGAAGAUCUGCGACGAGAACAAUAUCCUCCUUAUUGCCGACGAGGUCCAGUGUGGCAUGGGUCGUACGGGUCACAUGUGGUUUAUGGAGGAGUCUGGAGUGCGGCCAGAUAUCCUUGUCUUCGCCAAGGGCAUUGCCAAUGGCUUUCCGUUGUCAGGUAUUGCGAGCAGCAAGGAGCUCAUGGAUCGCCAAAAGCCUGGAUCAAUGGGUGGCACAUAUGCGGGUAACGCGGUUGCAUGCGCCGCCGCAACAGCAACGAUCCAAGCGUUCCGUGAAGAACAGAUACUCGAUAAUGUUGCCGCGCGCUCCAAACAGAUCUUCUCCUUCCUAAACGACCUGAAGUCGUCAAAUACCAAAGCUGGUAACUUGAUCGAAGACAUUCGCGGGAAAGGACUGAUGGUUGGUGUGCAACUCUCGAACCCAGAACUUGAACGCGAUUCAUCCGCACAAAGUCAGCCGCAGCUAGCGCCCAAAAUUGUUCAAGAAUGCGUCAAGCGGAACAUGCUUCUCCUCAGCACCUCAGUGUUCGACGUGCUGCGAUUUAUCCCGCCGCUGACUAUAAGCGAAGAAGAAUUGAGUCAAGCGUGUAGCAUUUUCAAAGAGUCGUUGGAAGCCGUUGCUAAGGAUUUGUAAAUCAAUUGAUUUUGUGAUUCCUCACGCAAAACAUGUGCGCAUACACCUCCCUCCGUUCGUGUACGUCAACUCUCUCCAGGUGAAGCCCCGCCCCGCUCCGAAGAAAGCUUGUCUAUGUUACCCUAGACGAGCUUGAAUAUGUCACCUACGGUGCACUGCCAUAUAUGUGGUGUAAUCCCGAAUGUCUCACGUGCUCAUAUUUGAAAUUGUACUGUUGUGGUUGAUGAAGGUUUAAAAGCAACAAGGAUAUAACUGUAGAACGAACUCUUUUCUUCCAUGUACGACUAUAGGACACUGAAAAUUACUUCUUCUGUCCGAAUUGCCAUUUCUCGAAGUUCUUGAUCGGGUAUCCCAGCAACAUAAUCUGUACAAGG